AUGUCACAAAUAUUACCAUUCACAGAGGCAAACACCAAAAGGGUAUCCUCCUUAUUCAGGCAAGCAUUGCGUACUGCGUUCGACCACUCGUUAAAAUUCGACUUGUAUCGUGCACAAACGAUAAAUAUUCGUUCUCAAUUUGAAGCCAAUAAACAUGUAAACAAUGUGGAAGAGUUGGAGCGAUUGAUUAAGGUUACUGAGGCUAAGUUGAAGGAAUGGAAGCAUCCUGAUCCUUAUAUUCCUCCUUGUAGGCCUGGUGGAACCAAGUACCAGAGAAAUAUUCCAGUUGCUAGAGAACCACUUGUGCCAGGUGAUUGGUAG